CUGCUCUCGCAUUUUCUCGCCGAGGGACGGAUGCGUGUUUUUUAACGUUCCAGAUUGUCAGAAUUAAUCGAAAUGAAGUGCAACGUUUAUUUUGCUCUCCUGGGUGUUUUCUUGCUGCACUGUAACUAUGUUAACUGUCAAUACAGGACGAAAAGUAGUCAAGGUACGUCCUUAGCAGAACGAGUUCAACAGUUAUCGGAAAUGGCAAUUAAAAGACCAGUGCUGAAGUUUAAUGGAGCGAAAUUUAAAGAGUUUAUUAAAGCGUCUCCGAGAAAUUACUCUGUCGUUGUAAUGUUUACCGCCAUGGAGCCACAAUGGCAAUGCCAGAUCUGCAGGCACGCGGCUGAUGAGUUUGCGAUAGUGGCAAACUCCUUCCGCUAUUCUCAGUCAUAUUCGAAUAAACUGUUCUUUGUUGCUGUUGAUUUUGACGAAGGCUCAGAUGUUUUCCAAAUGAUGCGAUUGACCACUGCACCAGUUUACAUGCAUUUUCCUCCGAAAGGUAGACCAAAGGCAGCAGAUACAAUGGAUAUCCAAAGGUUAGGCUUCGGAGCAGAAGCAAUUGCAAAAUGGAUCUCUGAGCGCACAGAUAUUCAGAUCAGAGUAUUCAGGCCACCCAAUUACUCAGGAACUGUAGCCGUUGUGAUGCUUCUAAUAUUAAUCGGGGGGCUGUUGUAUCUUAGGCGUAACAACCUGGACUUCAUCUAUAACAGAACUAUUUGGGGAUUAGGAGCAGUGUUAUUCACAUUGACCAUGGUGUCCGGUCAAAUGUGGAAUCAUAUCAGGGGACCACCGUUCAUUCAAAAGUCGCCUAAUGGAAACGUGGCUUACUUUCACAAUUCUUCUCAAGGACAAUUUGUUCUGGAAACUUAUAUAGUUAUGAUGCUGAAUGGAGCAGUGGUUUUAGGAAUGAUUCUAAUGACUGAAGCUGCUGCGAGUAAAGGCGAUGUUAAAAAGCGAAGAAUUUUUGCUAUCAUUGGCUUGGGGCUAGUCAUUGUGUUCUUCAGUCUUAUAUUAUCAAGCUUCAGGUAUAAGGCUCUAGGAUAUCCUUACAGUUUGCUUUUCAAAUAAUUGAAGAAAGAGAAUUUGUGAUCGUAGCCUGCUCAAACGUGCUGUUGAAUUUCUAAUAAACCAGAUACGACAUGACAUGGAUUAGAAAAGUGGUGAUAGGAUAAACAUCAAUUAUUUUCAUUAUUUGAAACGCCGAAGUACUGAAAGAUUGCCGAGGUUCCUUUAUUGGAGUAAAAAUUAUUCUCUUUGGCGACGUUUCAGCCACAAUUCAUUGGCUCGACAUCCUAGUACACGCCCCAGCUUUAGUACCUAUUAACUUAAAACAGUUUACAUCAAUAAAUUAGUUUUCAGAAGAA